AUGCUGCAUGCAGGCAUAGGGCCAACACAUGUAAAUGGCUUCCUGGCCUCUCUUGGAAUUCCAGGGAUACACCAGAAAUCUUUAAAAAAAAAAUGGAACGAACAAUCCAAACGAAACAUCGGGCCCUUUCCUAUUUGUGGACACGUCCGUGUUAGCGGAGAAUCUUCCCUAAACCGAUUGGUACAUCAUGACCAAGUUACAGUUAAAACUCCGCCACAGACGGUACCAGGUCCGGCAGGGGACGCACCAACAGCCGUUACUGUAAGCCAGGAUGCAGCUUGGUCUAAACGCGGCCGUGCAAUGAACAACCUUUCCGGUAAAAACUGGUCGAAGAGUGCAAAAGCAAUGGAACCAGAUAUAGCGGUUGAGCUGCACACGAGGGCGAGAGCUAAAGGCCUCAAAUAUGCAGCCGUAAUAGGUGAUGAUGACUCCAGCUCCAUUGCGCAUAUCAAACUAAAAAAUGCAGACAAAAGUGAACGGGAGAUGAUGUGUGCCUUGCAGACGAUCGUGCCACAUACGUAUGGCGAGCAUGGAAACUGUGGAGAAUGGUGCCGUUCGAGGGGUGGAGCUGAUGCCGGGCACAGAAACCUUCCGUUCGGUGCACCUCUCCAGGACACUCACUUGAAGAUUUCGCUUGAAAAUUUACUAGCGCCAUACAUAAUUAAUGCGGACAAAUUACGUACGACAGGCAGCUCUCAAGCAAACGAGUCACUCAAUAACGCUGCGUGGAGUAAGACGCCAAAAUCAAGAAAUUAUAAUCGAAGUAAAAGCUUUGAUUAUCGCCUUUCCGCAGCGGUGUUACAGUUUAAUGAUAGAUACUCGUACAUUAACGAGAUUGUAAAUGAAAAAAUCUUAACGCCACAAAAACACACAGAGAUGUAUUCAAAGAAAAUGAACGAAGAACGCAAACGGCAAAAAAUGUACAAAAGUUCCAUAAAUGCUAAAAGAAGAAGGCUUGAACUUAAAUUUGAAAGAUCAACUAAAGCGAAAAUUGACGAAAUUAAAGAAGGUACAUCAUACGAAUCAUUCUGUGGUUUUGACAGUAGUGAUUUAGACAUACUGGAUAUUCCAGAUAUGAUAACAAAAGCAACUGAUGACCUGGAGAAGAAAAAUAUAAAUAUUGUAUUGUUCGAUUUAGAAACCACCUGUUUAGGGAAAAAUGCGGAGAUACUACAGCUGGCCGCAAAGAGUGAUGACACAUCAUUCAGUUGCUACUUUCUGCCAGAUGGCGAUAUUGAUCCUAAAGCAUCGAACGUCAAUUCGUUGACGGUCAAACGGGACAUAAAUGGAAACCGUUAUUUGCGCAAAAAUGGUCGGGAUAUGCAUGCCGGAACUAUUGGCGAUGGUUUGCGUGAUUUUUUAGGCUGA